AGCCGCCGAAUCAUGUCGAUGAGCCCAAAGCAUACGACUCCUUUCUCAGUGUCUGACAUCUUGAGUCCUUUGGAGGAAAGCUACAAGAAAGUGGGCAUGGAGGCCAGUAACUUGGGGGCUCCCCUGUCAGCCUACAGACAGUCUCAGGUUUCUCAGCCGGCCAUGCAGCAGCACCCCAUGGGCCACAACGGAACAGUGACUGCCGCCUACCAUAUGACAGCGGCAGGGGUCCCCCAGCUCUCCCAUGCUACGAUGGGGGGCUAUUGCAAUGGGAACCUGGGCAACAUGAGCGAACUGCCGCCUUACCAGGACACCAUGAGGAACAGCGCUUCGGCGACAGGAUGGUACGGCACCAACCCGGAUCCCCGCUUUUCCUCAAUCUCCCGCUUCAUGGCGCCGUCCUCGGGCAUGAACAUGGGAGGCAUGGGCAGCCUCGGCUCCCUGGGAGACGUGAGCAAGAGCAUGGCCCCGCUCCAGAGCACGCCGCGGAGGAAACGGAGGGUCCUUUUUUCGCAGGCCCAGGUUUACGAGCUGGAGAGACGUUUCAAGCAACAAAAAUACCUCUCCGCCCCGGAGAGGGAACAUUUAGCCAGCAUGAUACAUCUCACCCCGACUCAGGUCAAAAUCUGGUUCCAGAAUCACCGCUACAAGAUGAAACGCCAGGCCAAAGACAAGGCUGCGCAGCAGCAGAUGCAACAGGAGAACGGCUCCUGCCAGCAGCAGCAGUCUCCCAGAAGGGUGGCGGUGCCAGUGCUUGUGAAGGAUGGCAAACCCUGCCAAGCAGGCUCCAACACACCCACAGCAGCUAUCCAGAGCCAUCAGCAGCAGGCAGCUACAACGAUCACAGUGGCUACCAAUGGCAACAGCCUCGGACAGCAUCAGAGCCACCAGACAAACAGUGCGGGGCAGUCUCCAGACAUGGGACAGCACUCGGCCAGCCCUUCCUCUCUGCAGAGCCAAGUCUCCAGUUUGUCUCACCUAAACUCUUCGACUUCUGACUAUGGCACUGCCAUGUCUUGCUCCACCUUACUAUACGGUAGGACCUGGUAAAAGGAUUAAACAAAGAAAGAAAGAAAAAAAAAAAAAAAAAGGCAAAAAGAAAAAAAAAAAAAGAAAGAAAGAAAAAAUCCAACAGAUUUUCCCAGUUACACAAAUCUUUGUCCUCUCCAAACUACUGUGUGCUUU